AUGGCGACGCCACGACGGACAUCGACGCCGAUCCGCCAUGUAUCCAGCGGAAGCUUUUCCGGUGUAGCCUCGAAAUCACAUGCACAGACACCUUUGUCAUUCCUGGAAGAAGAGGCCUUGCCGAUCCUCAUGGAAGAGACGGCGACGCUGCACGAGAACUUUGCUCAGAUUGCGGAUAUCCAGCAAGCGCUGUCUACAUUUAAUGAGAGCUUUGCUACGUUUUUGUAUGGCAUUAAAAUGAAUGCAUUCUGCGUAGAGUGGCCUGAAGCACCUACAGAAGAUGACUUGGUACGUGCCACGCAACGACGUGCUACGACCUCCGUGUCUGCGACGACAACAUUGCCUGUGCGGGCAGACACACAUACCGAGGCAGGAGAUCAAACGUACAUGACAGAUAUGGAUGAGUCAGAACUGUGUCCCCCACCUCGGUCCACGUCGCGCCCUAGUCAUGCGGCGCCAUCGCACGCCCAAGCGCCCAGUCGAGCCAGGGUCCCUCCAGCGACCACAGCACGCGCAUCCACCACGCGACGAGCGGCUGCCUCGGUGUCUCAGUCGACCUCACGACCCCCUACGACGCGCUCAGCACGGCCAAAUAUGAGUGCUUCUACCUCUCAAGCACCUGCGAAGCGGGUUCCACCAGCUGUGCAACGUCGGCGGAUGGCCUUUGCCGAUGAUAUCAUUGAUACCAUGCCCCUUGAAUACAGACAAGGUGACCCGAGCCAACGUACGCUCCUGCAGAAUGUGAUCGUCGCGCUCUUGGCCUCAGGCGAUCAAGGUGUUCGUGUAAAUGACAUUGCCCACUCACCGGAUAUGCCCUCAGGCAAGGUGAGCAAGGCACUGAUUGCUUUGUUGGCUGCUAAUCAUGUUAUUCGUGUAUCUAACAAUGGCGUCGUAUACCGAUUGAAUACGCAACGGUAUCCUACGCGGCCAUAG